AUGGGCGAAGAGAAGCUGAAGAAGAACCAUCUGGCGAUAGUGUUAGGCAUCGGGCUUGGAGUGGUGCUACUGAUUGUGCUCAGUCUGAUUUUGACUAUCGUGAUCAGUCGUCGUGAUCGUCAGUCAUUCCUGAAAUCGAGAAAAGAUCCAUCUGAGCGCUUGCGCAAGUUGGACAAGGUCUCACCGACAUGUACGCUCGAGAAAUGGUGGGCUACCACCAAGGGGAAUCUCGGGUUGUCUGAGGCUGUCGAUGGACAGUUUGUUUGCGCGGUUUGUUUGGAGCAAGUGGAUCGCACGCAGGAGAUACGAGAGCUUCUAUGCUUGCAUGUCUUUCAUCGGGAGUGUUUAGAAAAGUGGUUUUUGGGAGACCACUAUAACUGUCCGCUGUGUCACCGCGCCUAUUAUGUGAGCGACACACCUCCCACAAACGAUUAUGUGUGGAUGGUAUGA